UCUUCGCCCCCGCGUUUGGCUCGGCGCGUCCCGGCCGGCCGCAAAGUUUCCCCCGCGGCAGCGGCGGCUGAGCCUCGCUUUAGCGAUGGCCGCGGAGCUGAGCAUGGGGCCAGAGCUGCCCACCAGCCCGCUGGCUAUGGAGUACGUCAACGACUUCGACCUUCUCAAGUUCGACGUGAAAAAGGAGCCGCUGGGGCGUGCGGAGCGUCCCGGCCGGCCCUGCACACGCCUGCAGCCAGCCGGCUCGGUGUCGUCCACCCCGCUCAGCACACCGUGCAGCUCGGUGCCUUCUUCGCCCAGCUUCAGUCCGACCGAACAGAAGACCCAUCUCGAGGACCUCUACUGGAUGGCGAGCAACUACCAGCAGAUGAACCCCGAGGCGCUCAACUUGACUCCCGAGGACGCCGUGGAGGCACUCAUCGGUUCCCACCCAGUGCCCCAGCCGCUACAGAGCUUCGAUAGCUUCCGUAGUGCGCACCACCAUCACCACCACCACCACCCUCACCCUCACCACGGGUACCCAGGAGCCGGUGUGACUCACGAUGAGCUGGGCCCGCACGCUCACCCGCACCAUCACCACCAUCACCAAGCGUCGCCGCCGCCGUCCAGCGCGGCCAGUCCGGCGCAACAGCUGCCCACCAGCCACCCGGGGCCGGGACCGCACGCAGCGGCUGCAGCCACGGCUGCGGGUGGCAACGGGAGCGUGGAGGACCGGUUCUCAGACGACCAGCUGGUGUCCAUGUCGGUGCGUGAGCUGAACCGCCACCUGCGGGGCUUCACCAAGGACGAGGUGAUUCGCCUGAAGCAGAAACGGCGGACCCUGAAGAACCGGGGCUACGCCCAGUCGUGCAGGUAUAAGCGCGUCCAGCAGAAACAUCACCUGGAGAACGAGAAGACGCAGCUCAUUCAGCAGGUGGAGCAGCUUAAGCAGGAGGUGUCCCGGCUGGCCCGAGAGAGAGACGCCUACAAGGUCAAGUGCGAGAAACUCGCCAACUCCGGCUUCAGGGAGGCGGGCUCCACCAGCGACAGCCCCUCCUCUCCCGAGUUCUUUCUGUGAGUCGUGGCGGGUCCCGGCCCCCGCCCUUGCCCUGGCCCAGACUCCCUGUCCUGUGUCCCUAACCCUGGACUCCCUGUCCCUGCCAUGGCCCCGGCCUUGACCUGUUUGACUCGAGAGAGAGAGAGGGAGGAAGGACGCGCGGGCCACGGGUGACGGGCGGGAGCACGGGUGGGUAGGGCACCUUGGCUCGGAAGAGAGCGGCGCAAGCCAGAGCAGCCUGCCAGACUUGGGCAAAGUCAGAGGGACCCGGGCGGGUGGGAGGUCCCGGAGUAACUUUUUCUCCAGGCUGGAAGGCCGGGAGGCAUUUUCCAAGGAGUCGCCAAGGCCGUCUGGACACUUCUGGCUCUGGGAACUUUGUGAGUGCCAGGGCGACCGGUUCGCAGCCCAGAGCUCAGGUCGCCCCAGGAAGAGCAGAGGAGAGGAGAGGGACUCUGGAGUCCCCGAGGGCGAGAGGCAAGGCUGAGGAAGGAAGAACAGACAGAUCUGUCUGUCCAGAGUCCGGAGAACACUGGCUCUCAGCCGGAGACGCGGGCCUCAGUUAGGACAUUCGGCGCGCGAAGAAAAAAAAAAUCUCAUCAGUUUUAUUGCCUGCUCGAUUAUAUAGAAAAAUACGAAAAUCUGCAUUAAAAAUAUUAAUCCUGCAUGCUGGACAUGUAUGGUAAUAAUUUCUAUUUUGUACCAUUUUCUUGUUUAACUUUAGCAUGUUGUUGAUCAUGGAUCAUAGCCCCCUUGUUUCUUUGAGUGAGUAGGGAUGCAGUUCCAAAACUCCUGCGGCUGCGGCUGUGAGAGAGCGGAGUUUCAGUCGCCGGCCGGCUUGUAAAUUACCCGCCCGGCCAAACCACACUGAGAACGUAGCAGCAAGCUGAGUCUUUGUUUGGGUUUAUUAUUAUGGCAUUUUUGUUUGUAAGUAAAAAUAAAAGAAAGAAAGACAACCAACUUUGUCGUGGGGAACCUUUGGAAUUUGUAUAUUUGGUCCCCUUUUCCUUCCCAUUUUAGUUUUCAGUUUCUUUGGUGUUGAGGAAGAGAUUGUGAGGGAGGGAGAUAACCGUGGACAUCCACACCUUGGGUGCAGGAGCAUGUCCUCAACCCGGUCCUCUGGCCAAAUUGACCACCCCCUGCCCCUCAAGAAGAAAAAGAAAAGAGACCGGCUCCUUGACUUUUCAUCCCUAGGAGUCAACCCUGGGCUGGCUUGGAAUCCCUCCAGGAAGGUGCUAAUUGCAAGCCCCCCUCCCACGUCAUGGUUUAGGGUGAAAGGAUUUCCCCCCCACACUUCUUGCAACUUGUCAGUGGUGACCUGAGCUCCCAUCGAAUCAAAUGCCAUUCUCAGAAUGUACCAGAAACCCACACAUUGGCAGGUAAUGCUGCAACUUCCAAGUGCGUUCUUUAGACCAAUGCAUUAUGUGUCUCCUUGCUGUCGGGAUAGCGGGUGAGUUAUUGGUGGUGUCCCCACUCCCGUCGGUUGUACAGUAGUUAGAGGGGAGGUCUGGGUGUUUUUCUUUGUUGUUACUUUCAUUUCUGCGGGUCAGUAAAAGGAUUUAAGUUGCACUGACAAAAAUACCAAAAUGAAAGCGUACUUUUUUUUUAAGUUCCCAUCUGAAUUUGCUGGCGCUGCUGGCUGGAUGCUUUUUUGUUUGUUUUUGAGUUUGUAUUAGUUGAUAAAUUUACAGUAAUAACAAGAUUGUAUGAACCGCAUGGUGCUUGCAGUUUUAAAUAUUGUGGAUAUUCGUCCUGCAUCGGAAACGAGCUUUGGUUUUUACUGAUUCAACUGUGUUGAAAUCAAACUUGCAGCAACGCAACAGAAAUUGUUUUUAAUUUCAUGUAAAAUAAGGGAUCAAUUUCAACCCCCUGCUUAUGAUAUGAAAAUAUUAAAAUCUAGUCUUAUUGUAGUUUUAAUUCAGACUGGUUUCUGUUUUUUGGUUAUUAAAAUGGUUUCCUAUUUUGCUUAUUAAAACCAUUGAAAUGGUGUUUAUUUAGAGGA